GAAAGGGCCUAGAGUCAGAGCUCUCUCUCUCUCCCUGGAGCGAAAGGACACAGCGUGCCUGUGAACUGUUUUGGCUGUGCUGUUGGGAGCAGGAGGAGGAGAAGCUGCUGCUGCUGUUGUGUUCAGCGGAGUUUCCACUUGUUCGCAGUGUAUUGUCCUCAAGAGGAGGGAGCAGGAUGAAUGUUGAUGAUAUGCUGGAGGGGCCUGUAAGAAAUCAAACUGCAGAUGGAAGUUUACUGAUAGAAUCGAAUGUCGUCUCGGCAGAAAUGAUGACAGAAAUUGGCCAACCCCUCAACCUGUCAGUAAGCAAUUCAGGAGGAGGGAAGAAAAUGUCUGAAGAAGGCGGCUGGCAGGCUGUACCAAUCAAAAUUGAAAGAAUCGAUGAAGAAGCUGAAUCAAGCAAUGCAGCCAAUGUGCAGGACUUUGACAUAUAUAGUGCCAUGGAAUGGAAAAAUGGAGUGGGUACCUUGCCUGGCAGUGACCUAAAGUUUCAAAUGAAUGAGUUUGGGGCCCUAGAGAUUAUUACUACUGACGAACAGGAUGGAGAACCCAGUGCACAGAUUGCUGCUGAGCAUACAGCUAUAAGAAGGGAUGCCUACAGUGAUCCAUCUAAUGUUCAAGAAGGCAUUAUUGAAAGUGGUUGCACAAAUGACUUGUCCCACAUGGAAGGCAUCUGCUGCUGUGUAAGCUGUGGAAGGUAUGGGGCAAUGGAGGAGUUCAAUCAACAUGACUGCUUCUGUGCCACAAACUGUCAGCAGCAAUAUAAAGAUAAACAACCUAUUGUGUACCAUGCACCAGUGAAGCAAAACGCUGGAACAAUACUGAAAAGUGUCAAAAAACGAAAGACAAAAGUGUGUGUGAACCCAAAGGAAGACUCUGAUGAAGAUUUUGAAGAUGGCCACAUGGAAGAAGGGCAAGAUGAUGGAAAAAUGAAGAUAAAAAUGUCUGCAGUGUUGACUAACCACAGUAACUUCAAAAACAAUCGGCUUUCUGACCCAGAUUCCAAGUUCUCUAAACAGGCCACACCGCUUACUGGAAAGAAAAAGGCUUGGUCAUGGGUACAAUAUCUUGAAGAAGAGAAAACAUUAGCAGCACCCCCCAAACUGUUUAAAGAGUUUCAGUUAGUUCCCCAGAAUAAAAACGGAUUUAAAGUAGGCAUGAAAUUGGAAGGCAUUGACCCAAGGCAUCCCUCCAUGUUCUGUGUGUUGUCAGUGGCAGAGGUGUGUGGUGUUCGCUUGAGGCUCCACUUUGAUGGAUAUUCUGAGUGUUUUGAUUUCUGGACUAACAUUGACUCACCCGAUAUCCAUCCUGUGGGAUGGUGUGAGAAGACCGGCCACAAAUUGCAUCUUCCCAAAGGCUAUAAGGAAGAGGAGUUUAACUGGGCAAACUACCUGAAGGCCUGUAAAACCCAACUAGCCCCAAAGAAUCUAUUUAAAGUUCAGAAUACAACUGUAACUCCUUCAGGAUUUCGAGUGGGUAUGAAGCUGGAGGCAGUUGACAGAAAGAAUCCCUCCCUGAUCUGUGUUGCAUCAGUGACAGAUAUAAUAGACAAUCGCUUUUUGGUGCACUUUGAUAAUUGGGAUGAUACAUACGAUUACUGGUGUGAUGCUAGUAGCCCAUACAUCCACCCAGUGGGCUGGUGUCAAGAACAAGGGAAACCACUUACUCCUCCUCAAGGGUAUUCUGAUCCAGAAAAUUUCUCGUGGAAGAAGUAUUUGGAGGAGAUGGGUGCUACUUCUGCUCCAGCUCGUGCUUUCAAAGUGAGGCCACCACAUGGUUUCCAGGUGGAUAUGAAACUUGAAGCUGUGGACAAGAGAAACCCAAUGCUGAUUCGUGUUGCUACAAUUGUAGAUCUUGAUAAUCAAAGGAUAAAGAUUCAUUUUGAUGGAUGGAGUCACAAUUACGAUCUUUGGUUUGAUGCAGAUCACCAUGAUAUUCACCCUGCUGGAUGGUGUGCUAAGACAGGUCACCCACUGCAGCCGCCACUUACUUCACAAGACCUUGUGGCAGCUCCGAGUCCGGGAGGAUGUCCAACACCUGGAUGCAAAGGUGUUGGACACAUCAAAGGUGCCCGAUACACAGGUCAUCAUAGUGCUUUUGGCUGCCCCUAUUCAGAGCUCAACCUGAAGAAAGAGUCAACAAUUCAGGACAGGCUGGGAGGAGAGAAACAGAUGACCGUGGUGCCAGUUCCUCUUGUUUCACGAACUAAACGUAUUGAUAGUAAUCAUUCAAGUGGGAAGACAGACGAGUGUGUUAAUGAAACAAGAAAAUGUCCCACUCCUGGUUGCGAUGGAUCAGGUCACGUAACUGGGAAGUACACUGCACACCACCGAGUCUCGGGUUGCCCUCUAGCUGAACAAAAGCAGAUGAAGAUCAAAAUGGAACCACAGGAUGAAGAGGGGCCACCAGAAAAUAAAUCAGUAUUUUCAUUUGUUCAGCGUAAAAGGACAAAGCAACAAGGCAGGCUAGCCCGGCCAGCAAAAUACUUGAAAAUUAAAGAGGAAGCAGAUGACAUUGACCUGCAUAGCCUACUCAAAGAUCUUUCUGUUGACAGUAUGCAGCAAGCUCUCCACCAGUCUGUCUUCAUGUCAGCCAUGUCUGCUCACCCAGUUCGUGAUCUCCCACUUUGCUGGGAGCAGCACUGCAAACUAUUGCCUGGAGUGGUGAACAUCCAAGCCAGCAAGGUGUCCAAAUGGAGUAUUGAUGAGGUAGCAAACUUUGUUCAGACUCUCCCUGGUUGUGAAGAACAGGCAAAGAUCUUUAAAGAAGAGCAGAUUGAUGGAGAAGCGUUUCUUUUGCUGACACAGAUGGACAUAGUUAAGAUCAUGAGCAUCAAAUUGGGCCCAGCCCUAAAGAUUUACAACUCCAUUCUAAUGUUUAAGAAUUCUGAAGAUAAUUUGGAAUAGACAUUGUGAAUUAAAAAAGGCAGCUAAGUGACGCUCUUCUUUCCUGCCAACGACUAUUCAAAUGAAUCUCUCAACAUGAUGAGUGGCACAAUAAACUGUAGAUCAAUUUAUCAGCAAGAUUAACAGGGUAUUACUGAGAUAUUCUGAGAUAUUGUUGAUUUAAAGUAUUUUUAAUUAUAAAUGCUUGUUAAUAAGAUAUGGUGAAGUUAUUAAAAUGUGUUGUAGUAGAAGAUGAAGAUACGUUUGGAAGUUGCACUUGUACAGUAGAUAUGUCAAAACAUCCACAUGCAAUUGAGAUGAAAUUACAAAUUUACAUGAAAAUUUAAAAACAAUAGAGUUGGGCAAAAGUAGUCGUCUACUGGUGAGAUAACAUGUUUAAAGUAUAAAAUGGAUCUGCGCACUUUAAUAGUGUUGAGUAUAUGGAUGUUACCCAAAACUUAGAGCAUGGCGGGAGAUAAUCUUCAAACAGAGCACAAUAAAUUAAUCACUUUAGAGUAUAUAUUGAAAUAAGCUACUAUUAUGUAGGUUUUUCAGUUACAAUUAUAAGCAUAUCUUUAUCUUUGGAUAUGUUUAGGUAGUGAAAUACUUUGCAAAUAUAGUUGAAUGUUUAUUCCAUAGUUCGUAUUUUAGAUCAGAUUUUUUAAUGCACAUUUUAUUGCUACAUAUGAUCAUGUGACCAAAAAUUCAGAAAUUUACUAUUGAAUGAGCAAAUUGGUCCUCUCUAUUGACUGUCAGCCAGCAUUGCACAGAGCAUCUCUUCCUUUUGGUAUUGGCACUCUAAUGCGCAUAGAACAAAGAACAGCCAUGAUGGCAGAAUAACACAAAAGUUCUUGCAUGCUCUUCUACACUUUCUCCCCACAAACUUAAGCCAUUCUCUUCUGCGCGCACGUGCAUGCGCACACACACAUAUAAUUUAAAAUCUUUACUUCAAAAAUACUGUGAACAAUGGCACAAACCAAAAAUACAACAGAAUGCUGUUAAAUGCAUUAUUUGUCUAAUAAGCUGAUCUGAUAGGAUAAUGCAGGAAUUAAUUUUACUCAAUCAUGCAUUGUGCUGUCUGUGUGAUAAAUACAAUUUUCAGUCAAACUAUAACAUGUAUCCUCCCCACAUCUGCAAUUCAUAUCUGUAGAAGAAACUAAUAUUGCAGAGACUCUGAAUACGUAUAUACCAUAGAGUUCAUAAAUUAUAAAACUUCUCUGUUCUCUAGUGUUCCAUAGAGCUUUAUUACAGUUUUCAUAACCAAUUCAUGGUGAAUUCCGCAGGUAUUGACAACUUAUUCCUCAAGGAACAAAGUGCACCAUUGCCAUAAGUAAUAGGUGCUCCAAAUAGACCAGGGCUCAAUAAUAAAUUAGUGACUUUUUUUUUUAGAAACAUGCUACACUGGCAUGUUGCUUGCUUUUAUGCAGUGGUUACUUUUUGAUUUGUAUUAUCAAGUUGUAGGGCUGUGCUGUUGUGUAUAUUAUGAUUUUUGUGUAAUUAAUAGUACAUUGCAGUUGAUGGUGUGUUUGUUAUUUAUGUUUGCACAGAAUUUGAUCCAAAAUCUUAUUACCUUAGAAAAGGUUUUCUCUGAUGUACAAUGUGUUUUAUUAUGUAUUGUAUAAGUAAUAUAUACAAUAUCUAUAAUGGGUUAGGGCAUGUUUAUUCUUAAAACUAAUGGUGUUAUAAACUGAAAACUAUCUUACAAAGAUAGAACAGUAAUUUAAAAAAUAAACAUCUUACAGAGCAGGAAUGUAAUAUGGUGCAUAUAAACUCUGGUAUAAUUUAGUGGUUUUCUGUAUCAUGAAUCAACACACAACCUCUCCUUCAGCUAACCUGAGUUUUUGUUUGUUAAUAGCUCAUGAUGUAAGACACACCAACAUGGUUAUUAUUUCUGUUUAAAUUAUCCGGAACUAAGUACGACUUCAUGAAAGGGCUGAGGUAUGAGAAGAAUGGAUAGAUUUGACUUCAUACAUUUUCAAAAUACAGCACAUAGAAUAAAAGAAGAAUAGAAUAGGCCAGUUUAAACAGUAGCAUCUAUUUUUCUGGAAACUUAUUUUAAGGUUUCCAUUUUUAAAAAAUCAAACAUGGAUGUGAUUCUGAAAAAAGUUUUGUAAGUUAGUUUUCUGCCUUCACAUCAUCUAGAACAGAAAGUUAUUUCUCUUACUCAGAAUUUGUGCCUUGACUUUUGCUGUGGAAUUUGGCAAGUAAAGGAACAAUUUAUAAAAAUCAGUGAGAUUUGAGAGAAUUCUUACUUUUUAGAUACAUCAGGAAAUGUGAUGAAUAUAAAAUUCAGAAAUAAUAGAUCUGGCUACUUAAACAUCAAUCAAUAAAAACCAUCAGUGAAAAUUAUAAAACAGGCAUCGCUGGAGUUUACACCUAGGGAGUUUUUACAGUGACAGAGCACAGCUUUUAUAAGUUUAUAUGAUAUACAGUAAUUGACAAGAUAGCUUUAGGAUACUUCUACUUUAACAUCACCAGCGACUAUAUGUUACCCUUCCGUAUUGGUGCUGAUAAUGAAGGCUUCAACAAAAAACCUCAAAUGCUUCAAAUUCCGUGGUUAGGAAGAGAUGGUAAAAUGGCAUUGAAUGCUUUUUAUACUGUCAUUGAGUAAAAUUGUCAUUAUUAAUAAACCAUAUUUUUCCCAUUCAGUGAGCACAGAGCCAUAAACUUUAAUAUACUAUAUACUACUAAGUCCAAAACUUUUCAUUCAUGGAAAGAGUUUGUUAUAUUUGUUAUAUGGUGUUUGUAAAUUACAUUUAAAUAUUGAAAUACAUUACUGAAAAAGUUAACUGUUGGGCAGGGAAUGUUUAAAAAUAAUUUCUCUUAUUCUGGCAUGCUAUAUGUUACCUUCAAUUGGAUACUAUUUUUAAUUGUGAUGUUUAUCAAAGUGAGCUUGCAAAUUUUUUAAAUAAAGUUCUGUUAAAUUCA